AUUUAGUCCAGUCCAGGAUGAAUCGUAAUUUUUUGCCCUCCUGGCUUCCUUUGGUGAGAUUCAGAUUUUCACAGAAGAAGAGACCCAAUCCAAGAUGGAAUUCAGAUUCUCCACAUCCCCUCUGCCCGGCUGGCGAAUUCACACCUUCCUUUCCUUCCUCCCCCCUUCUCCGUUCUCCCUCCCGGUGGCCAAAACCCUCCCAAAACCACCAGCUCUCCGCGAUCCCGCCGUGCUGACCUCAAACUCGGCCAUGGACGCUCCCGGCCGCGUCGUCCGCGCCCACUUCGCCGACGCCGUCGACGCCACCGACUCCGACUCCGACGACGGCCGCCGCCGCAUCGUCCGGGUAAUCGACCUGCUUCCGCCCUCCGCAAGGGCUGCGCCCCAAAGGAAGAAGCUUGUACACUACCCCAGCAACGAUCGGCCGGGUGGGGAGCGGCAGGGCCAGGGGAGGGGCCGCCGCCAGUUCCGCGGCGUGCGCCACCGGCCGUGGGGGAAGUUCGCGGCGGAGAUCCGCGACCCCAACGUAGGCAAGCGCGUCUGGCUCGGCACCUUCGACACCGCCGAGGAGGCCGCCGCUGUCUACGACGCCGCCGCGAUCCGCCUUCGCGGCCGCCGGGCAGUCACCAACUUCCCCCUACCUUCGUCUUCCGCGACGCUGUCCUCCUGCGCCGUCUCGCCCGCGCCGUCGCCGAUGACCUCGACUACAAUCAUUCCCACUACUCCUCCGGUGGGUUCCUCUGAGGCGGAGAGCUCCUCGGCCUCUCCUCCGUCCACCCAAUCGUCGUCGGUGGUCGAUGCGGACGAGGACGUGACGAGGAUGCGGUGGUGUGAGGACGAGCCGUUCGAAUCGAUAGAGUUCUACUUGCCGCCGGUGCCGACGGGUGGCCAAUGUGAGUUCGGCGACCUCGGUGAUCUUGACGACCUCUUCUCGCCGGAGCCGGAGCCGGCGAGCCGUAAUUUCCCCGGGGGAAAUUUUCGUCUUUAGUUUGGUCGACUACAAAUCAAAAGAUGAGAGGAGUCUGCAAAACUUGUGACAUAAGUAGUCUUGUUUUGUUUUGUUUGUUUAAGGAGGUUGGGAGCCAAAUCAAUUUUGGUGAAAAUGUCAUCAAACGAGUCGUGCCUUGCUGUGUUGGGUCUUGUGCCUUGUGUGAUGUGCUCCAGAUUAUGU